UUUUGAUUUUCGUCAUUUUUCCUUUUUCUUUCCUUGCCCAUCGCAGACCUGCCCCUCAUUCUGUGACCACGAUCAGCCAAGGCCUUUCUUUCUCUGCAACACGCACGCACGCACGCACGCUCUCUCCCUCUUUUCCCUCUGUCUCUCUCUCGCGCAUCGACUUGAUUGUCGUCUUUCGUCGCAUUCGGCCAAGCCCUGCCCCGCUCGCGGUAUAUUUUGGGCAAGCACGGCUUCUUGGCGGCGGGGCAAGAAUCUAUCGGUCUCCAUCUCCAAAGCGAUUUUUUUCGUCUCGUUUCGCAGCGCUUCCCUCUCUUCAAGGCGACUGCACUGAGAGCAGAACGUUCUCAUCACCAUGCCAGCGCUGAGAAAUCUUGAGGAUGCGGACAGCUCAGCAGUGAAUGCAUCUUCAGAGACGCAGACGACCGCAAAGGGUUCCAAUACGCAUGGGACGCUCAAUCAGCACCCAGACUCGUCGCAGCCAGCUCCUGGCGGUACCGCUGGGCUUUCGAGCAACGUGGCCGGGCCAUCGGGCAAACUCCCCUUUCGCAUCGGAGUGUCCGAGGACCGAAACAAGCGAUGGAGGAGGACGAUGGAAGAUGCCCAUGCGUUCAUCUAUGACUUUGGAAGCGUCCGCGGCCAAGGCUUCUUCAGCGUCUUUGACGGCCAUGCUGGCAAGCAUGCGGCCGAGUGGUGUGGAAAGCACUUUCAUGAGCACCUUCUCGAGUCUCUAGUCAACAAUCCCAAGGAACCUGUGCCGGAUCUGUUCAACAAGACGUACCACUCCGUCGACGAGCAGCUGUCCAAGUUGGCAGAGUCCGAAGGCUCCUCGUCGGGGUGCACCGCCGUCACUGUCUUUUUGCGUCUGGAGGACGAAAACGGCAAGCCGAUGGCCCACGCCGACACGGGUGGUAUCGACAAAAAAGCCGCGGGCAAGCUCAGUGCAGGAGGCGCGGCGGGCCAAGACGCGAGCGACUCGUCCCCUGCGAGUCCCACGACAGCUUCACCAACAAGCCCAAAAAGUGCCAGCGGCGGUGGUAUUCUGAGCAGCUUUGCGAGGAGGAUGCGACAAGGUUCAGCGGGAGGCAGUCGCCAGGACUCUGGCGCUUCAGAUCAGAUCGCAUCAAGAAGCUCGAGCGAUUCAAGUCCGGCGACUGGCACUGAUGGGACAGAGACGGCCGGAAAGGAAAAGAGCGGCGAAAAGAACAAAGCGGCAGAGGUCGAUGGAGCGUCAGGAUCGUCAUCAGCAUCAACAUCGACACCUGCGUCAGCUGAAAUGUCCGCGGAUGGGCUGGUUGAGGUCAAGGGUAAAGAGGUCCGCAGGGUCCUCUACACGGCCAACGUGGGCGAUGCCAGAGCAGUGCUCUGCAGGAGUGGAAAGGCGGUCCGGUUGACGUACGACCACAAGGGCUCCGACACCCAAGAGGCAAAGCGCAUCACCGACGCCGGCGGUUUUGUCAUGAACAAUCGGGUCAAUGGUGUCCUGGCCGUCACGCGCUCAUUGGGAGACUCCGCCAUGAAGGAAUUUGUUGUGGGAAGCCCCUACACGACCGAGACGAGUCUGAGCGAUGAGGAUGCCUUCCUCAUUGUUGCGUGCGAUGGACUUUGGGAUGUGACCGACGAUCAAGACGCUGUCGACCUUGUUGCCGAUAUUGAGGACCCGCAAGAGGCCUCUGAAAAGCUUCUUCAGCACGCACUCAGCAAUUUCUCCACCGACAACACCUCGGUCAUGGUCGUCCGCUUUGCCUGUAGCGCAGGCAUCUCGUCAAAGCCGCAGAAGGACCAAGCGAGCGAUUCGCACGUCCAAGACGGCAAGGCCAGCGAAGACGGUGGCCUUGGCGAGGCUUGAUCUUGGUGGAAGCGGGAUCCAGAGGCUGUCUCGCUCUUGUGUAUCUCCAUCCUCUUUUCUCUCGUCAUGUACAGCAGGACAGCUCUUGUGUCUUUCGAGGGCAUUCCUCCUACUACGCCUACUCCAAUCCCGCUUCUUCCCUGUUUACUAGUCCCUACAUCGCAAAAUUUGAACGGCAACGAACACUGCCCAAAUCGGCUGAGAAGGUGAGGCCACGCCUGUAUAUCGCUGCACACCAUUUU